AUGUUUGCAAGGUUUACAAGGCCCUUACAAAAGGUUGCUGCUGCAAGGUUUUAUUCGCAAGUAUCUGCGAGUGCCACGAGUAAGCAAGCAAAUUCCAAGUUUGAUAAAUCAAUCAUUAAGCCUAUACUAGUAGUAAUUGUGUUUGGUACGAUGCUAUCGCAUGUUAUGAAUCAGCAACGAUUGGCUGGGGAAAUGGAAAGAAGGUAUGUUCUUAAGAUGGAAAUUCUAAAGGAUUUAAUCGAGAGAGCUAGAAAAGGUGAAAUCAAUAUCGAUGUACAAGAAGAGCUAAAGUUAGUGAAUAAAUUAUUUGAGCGGAAUAAAGAAGCUAGAUUUUUAAACGAUAAAGAAGCAGAAAAAUUGUCACAAAUAUCUUCUUCGCAAAACUAUUCUGAAGCGGAAGUUUUACAAAGCAUGAAUAACUCAACAAGGGCUCUCGAGAAGGAAUCGCUUGACGACCUCUUGAAAAGCAUUAUGGAUGAAGUAUCAGAUGAACCAAAAUCUUCAGCUCGUAAAUCUAAUCCAAAGCCCAAGCAGCAGCAAUCUGGAGAAUUUAUCACUGACAGGGAUACCCUGAGAGAAAAGGCGGAAUAUGAAAGAGAAUUGUUACAAUAUAAACCUUCUACUGAUGUUCAUUUAAUUGUAGAGAAUCCAGGUGAAUUGAGUUCAGCUGCAGGGGACACUAAAGUUAGCAAAUUUUUGUAA